GUUCCCUUCCCAACAUACGUGGUUAAGAGACAACGCUGUGCCUGGCCUGACCAAUGCGCCCAGUGUUGAAUCUCAAUGCGCGAGACAGAGCAGUGGCAGCAGCGGCGGCGGCUGCGCGCUACGGGAAGGAGCCGCCUCUCAAAGAGAGCGAGCUCCCACGCACGCCGUUGCCACAGUCAAGGCCAUCCUCUGCAAAACGUUCGGCAAGACCUUCAUCAGCAGGCACAACCAGGACCAGGACGUCCGGACGAAGCAGCGCAAGAUCUUCCAAGAGUUCUGGCUGGAUGGUGGGGCGGUCGACUCAGAAGACUAGGACUAGGGCCUUUGUCAGAGGUGUUCAGUGCCUCAAGCAGGUUGACGGUGCCCCGAAGCUUCGUGGAAAUCUCCGGGAAUCAGCCCAUCGAGUGGCUUGAGAUGAACUUGGGUCCAAAGGAGGUGCUCUUUAGAGAAGCCGGUGCGCGCUUGGAGGCCGCCGCGCUCGAAGCCGCUGCACAAGAGGCUCAGCUGGCUUGUGACGGGCCAGAGAAGCGUCGCAAUGCAGAGCAGAAGUUGAGGGAGAACCGCAACAGCCAGGGCGAGCCGUGGCGACACUGUCGGGGCGGCGGCCGGCGGGGUGCUCCUCGGCAUCUUGCAAGCCGGCGCAACCGUGCGUCUGGCGCUGGAGCUUGCGGGCUGUUCUCGGACGUGCCAUCGCUUGAGGCCAGCGAGUCAGCCGCGCGCGCGGGGGCGAGGCCACGGCGCCCAGCCUCUGCAGCAAGUGUACAGCGUUGACUGACAGGUCAGACACUGAGCCAUAAUCCUUGGAUUCCUCGCCAUGAGAUGAUUCCCAGCAAAUUCUCCAGGCAAUUUGAAGGCUCCUGUAUGGCUUUGCUUGUGCAGAUCAACUGUCUAAAUGCA